AUGGGGUGAGGUCUCGGGCGGCGGGAAGAGGCGGCGGGAGAAUGGAGGCGCAGGAGAGCGGCGGUGGCAGUGGCGAGUGCGGGGCCCAGGACCCUGACCCGGCCCCCAGCAAGGCCCCCGGCAGCGCCGGCCAGUACGAGCUGCCGUGGGUUGAAAAAUAUAGACCAGUAAAGCUGAAUGAGAUUGUCGGGAAUGAAGACACCGUGAGCAGACUGGAGGUCUUUGCAAGAGAAGGGAAUGUGCCCAAUAUCAUCAUUGCUGGCCCCCCAGGAACCGGCAAAACUACCAGCAUCCUGUGUUUGGCACGAGCCCUGCUGGGUCCGGCCUUCAAGGAUGCCGUUUUGGAGCUCAAUGCCUCAAAUGACAGGGGCAUUGACGUUGUGAGGAACAAAAUCAAAAUGUUUGCCCAACAGAAAGUCACCCUUCCCAAAGGGCGACACAAGAUCAUCAUUCUGGAUGAAGCAGACAGCAUGACUGAUGGAGCCCAGCAAGCCUUGAGGAGAACCAUGGAAAUCUACUCCAAAACGACCCGCUUCGCUCUUGCUUGUAAUGCUUCGGAUAAAAUCAUAGAGCCCAUUCAGUCCCGGUGCGCAGUCCUCCGCUACACCAAGCUGACCGACGGCCAGAUUCUUGCCAGGCUGCUGAACGUCAUCGAGAAGGAGAAGGUGCAGUCCACGGACGAUGGCCUGGAAGCCAUCCUCUUCACCGCCCAGGGUGACAUGAGGCAGGCACUGAACAACUUGCAGUCCACUUUCUCGGGAUUCGGCUUCAUCAACAGUGAGAAUGUGUUCAAGGUCUGUGACGAGCCGCACCCCUUGCUGGUGAAGGAGAUGAUCCAGCACUGUGUGAGCGCCAGUAUCGAUGAGGCGUACAAGAUCCUCGCUCACCUGUGGCAUCUUGGCUAUUCCCCAGAAGACAUCAUUGGCAACAUUUUUCGAGUGUGUAAAACCUUCCAAAUGGCAGAAUACUUGAAACUGGAGUUUAUUAAGGAAAUUGGAUACACUCAUAUGAAAAUAGCGGAAGGUGUGAACUCCCUUCUGCAGAUGGCAGGGCUCCUGGCCAGGCUGUGUCAGAAGACAAUGGCCCCGGUGGCCAGUUAGAGAGGAGAACGCAUUCGCUGGGUUAUGAGUCCUCGUCACUGACAGGCAGGAGUCACAGCCUUCUGACGUGGAAAAAGUGCUGCCUGGGACGGCCCUGGAGUGCAUCUUCCUGGCCGUCACCUUGCUUCCAGUACGUCUCCCCUGCUCCUGGAGCGUUUACCCUCAGCCUCAGACUCAUGGUGGGAUGACAGCUUGGAAAGGCCCCAGAGACCCUCCAGGGCCCAGUACCCGAUCUGUGCAUGCGUUGGCAUUUUAGUAAUAAAACCGUACAGCUUUGUCAGCAGAAAGGUGGCAGUGCAAGGCCGCAAGGAAA